AAGGUCAAAACAAAAAUUUGCUGAUGAAAAAACAUACCUACGAGGAACUGGAGGAGGGCCUGUAAAACCUAAGAUAAUUGACGAUAUCGACAAACAAGUUAAAGAAAUUAUAGGUACUUAGAUGACAGGCUUUGAUUCAGAAUUUGAUGGAGAUAGUAAAUAUGGCAACAUGCAGAUGGAAACUCCUGAGGGAUCUCGUUUUAAUAUUUCUGAUUCAGAGUUACCUAAUAAAGACAUAGAGCAAAUGGAGGAAGAUGGCAAAGAUUCUAAUGAGGAAGAUAGUUUAUUGUCAGGUAUAGCUGCUUCACCUACCAACUGGAACAAAAUAACCCCAGAAAAGCUUCGCACUCCAAAAUCGAAGCCAUUGAAAACCAUUUUGAAGAAGGCUUGUGCUAAUAAGGAAAAUAAAAAUGUUCUGUCAAAUAAAAUUAUUUCCUGGGCUGCAAAUAAAGCUGAAUUAGUCUCCAAGGAGACAGAAUACCUUGAAAAAGAACAUCUUUUGAGAGUAGAAAUGAUGAAGGAACGCCACAAACAUCAAAUGGCACUAGAAACAAAGGAGAGUGAUGAAAGAAUUCUUAUUCAAGCUAAGAAAGCUGAACUAGAGCUGGAGAUCCUUCAACUGAAAAAAGAUCAGCUGCUAUCUGCUAAUAAAUGAUGUCUGUUUUUAAAAAUAUGUAUUUGUAAAAUAAGUUGUAUUUUAUUUAUAAAAUAAAAAAAUGUUUUUAAAAUUUAA